UUGCAGUAAACUCCCAGAAAAAUACACAGGAAAAACAAUACCAGGGAGUUCAUAGUUUUUGAAGAGCAAAAAACAUGUGUUAAUGCUUCAGUUUUUUCUCGAGGGCUUUUUGUUUGGUUGGUUGUUUUUGUAGGUGUCUACAGUUGUUGUGAAGUUUUCUGUGAAAGAUAUUAUCCACACGAGAUUGUACUCGAUAUCAUGGGGGAAAGGAGUAGGUCCCACAGUAAUCACUUCAUGGAUUUGGGAGCAGAUCAGCCGAGUCAAGCAUAUAUUUAUCCAGAGCCUUGUAUGAUGUAUGGGAGCUUUACAGCUUUUCCACAUCCAAAUGUCCACUCUAUUGUACCAGCUCCAGGAAACAUUGGUAAUUUCUAUGUGCCCCAUCUACCAGGCCAUCUAGAGGGUGCUUUAAUUUAUGGGAUGCCACCGGCCAAUGGGACUCAACAGUGGCAUCAUCUCACCAGUGUUGGCGCAGCAUUUGCACCACCAUCAAAUUACUUUUACCCUUAUGUGGCUGCUCCAUCUUCAUCUACAGCUUUUCCAUUUCCAGUAAAUCAUGGGUUACGUGAUGGGGUUCCAGUCUCAGGCACUCAGGGCAGUGUUGGAAAUAACGCAAAUAAUUUAGAUAGGAAUGAUCCUCGUAUGGACAGUACCAGAGGGUCAGCUAAGCAAAAGAGUGUUGAACGCAACUCUGGAAAUCUUCAUCAUUCUGAUGUGGCUGGGCCUAGUACUUCCGCUGCCUCCGUCAUAACAACAGCUCAUGAAUCAGGUGCUUCUUCCAGUGAUGUAUCACGCGAGCAUGGAGGGAGCGACUCAGAAACACUGCUUGAAAAUGCAGCUCCAUCUGCAUCUACAGAUUUGCCAUUUCCAGUAGAUCAUGGGUUACGUGAUGGGCUUCCAGUCUCAGGCACUACAGAGGAUUCUGUAUCACGUGAGGAUGGAGGUAACUAUGUAGGUCAAUCCUAUCAGUUUCCAGGCAAUCCAUGGUUAAACAUGCCUUUCCAUAGCAGCAGCAGUGUGGCUCAACCUUGGGCCUGGAGCCAGGCUGCUCCUUUACCCUAUCUGCCCGGUGGUGCCGGAGGCUAUGUACUAGGUGCUGGAAACAUGGGUAUGCAAGGUUAUCAAGUACCUUCCAGCAAUGGGGGUUUGACUAGUUUUAUGUAUCCACCCAUUCCUCAAGGACCACCGCAGUACCAUGCUCAUCUGCCACCUAAUAUGCAAAGUAUGGUAGGCCACACAAUGAGCUCCCCUCCUCAGAUGACAGCAUCUCCAGGCAGACAACUACAACUUAGUUCGUCCAAUAUGGGACCCUUGCUGCCGUCUGGCUUUAGAAUGUACAGACCUCAUCAAAGGGAAUUCAUACGUGGAACAAAUACUAGUCACCACAACCUCCCUAACGGAGUGGCAAUGCUGGGUGUUCCAGGGUUCCGUGGAGUGGGUGUUGUUAUUGAUCAGCACAGAGAUAUGCGUUUGGACGUUGAUCGCAUGUCCUAUGAGGAGCUUCUUGCGUUGGGGGAGCGAAUUGGCAAUGUGAAUACUGGUUUAUCUGAGGAAUUCAUUGUUACCAAUAUGAAAACGAGAAUAUUUUUGUCUACCGAAACUCUUGAAAGUGUUGCAGCUCAAGAUCAGAAAACUGUCUGUGUCAUAUGCCAGACUGAUUACAAAGACCAUGAAAAGAUUGGCAUUCUUGACUGUGGGCACGAGUAUCAUGAAGAUUGUAUAAAGAAGUGGUUAGUUGUGAAGAAUAGCUGUGCUAUAUGCAAAUCUACAGCAUUGUCUACCGAGAAAAAGGACAAGGACGUUGUGAAUACAGGAGGCGAUUGAUAUUACUAUUUUGGUUCAGUAAAUAACUAAAAAGCGCGGGCAUUUUGUACUCUGUUUUAAAUAUUUAAUCUCCAAGAUGUGGAGUUGUUGCUGAAACUGUAACUUGUAUAUACUUUAUACAGCAGUCCACCUCUCGUAAAACAUUUACCUGUUGAACCUUAUCUAUGUGAGACUUAAAGUUGUACAGA